CGCCGGCCCAGCUGAUCGACGCAGCGCCGCCGCCGCGCAGCUCCACUUGUUGCCGAGCAGGAGUUGCGGUCGUCAGCCGUCCGUGCAGCCGAGACACGUCUCCAACCAGCCGCAUCUGCCUUCCUCCGCCGGCCUCAGAAAGCCUGGUUUGAUGUCUGGUCUGAUGUCUGGUCUGAUGUCGGCGUCAGCGCCGUGUCCGUGGCCAUGUGGACGCUUCGGCCUGCUCUGCGGCCUCCUCAUCCUGGCCUCCUCGCCGCCUCGCGCUGCAGGCCGACUGAACAACUGCUCGCACCCGCUGAUGCCGGAGCACGGGGGGUUCCGCUGCGACCCGUCUCCGUGCCGCGGCUUCCCCCACAAGAGCUCCAUCCGCUUCUUCUGCGAGCCCGGAUACCACCUCAUCACCAAGACGACCGUCUCCAAGUGUCGCCAGGGGAAGUGGGUCCCCGCCGUGCCGUCCUGCAUCCCCGUCAAAGACGGUCCCAAAAUGAAGUUUGACGACCGAGGGAGCGAGUCGAUGCCCAGCAUGGCCACGACGGCGGUGGGCGUGUCCAUCUUCCUGCUGACGACCACGGCCUGCCUCGUGGUCAAGUCCCGCCUCUACCCCUGCCACUCCCACAGCCGCCGCUCCUCCGACCAGCUGGACCUGAUGCUGGACGGACCGCACGUGUCCCUCCCGUCCUACGAGGAGGCCAUGUACGGCAGCUGGGGCCAGCGUCUCCCCGCCUGCCCGGCCCCCGGCCCCACGCAGCUGCUGCUGGCCCAGGAGGCCCCCGACUACCAGCCGGACGGCAGCCGCCGGCCCCUGCUGUCCGGCCACGGCCCCGGCGGCCUGCCCCCCCCGUACGAGGAGGUCCAGACCUCCCCCCCCCUGAGCGGCCGGGACGUCCUGCAGCUGCACGUCCCGCUGGCGGGCGAUAAGGACACCUGACUGACGGGCAGCCGGCUCCGCGAGCAACUGGACCCUUAACGGCGGGGGCAGCCGGCGUUGAUCCGCCCGACUGUACUGCACUUUCCUGGUCGGCCGCGGCUCGCCAGCAUCAGGACCUUCAUAUGCUACUUUGGACCAAGCUGACAAGCUACAGGCCCGCGUGUUUAUCGUAAAAGAUACUGUUUUGUGGUGCGGGAGGGGCACGUUGGCGCAAUUACCACUCCGCGGACAGCUGGAAAACUUCAGAAUGAAAUAUUGACUUUUAUUUUCUUUCAUCUGAUGAAAUCUAACCUUCUCCAUCAUGUUUUGGAGUAAAAAAAAAAAAAAAAGGUUUUCACAGGACAUUGGCGAUGUGGAAGUGUGUGUGUGUGUGUUUUCAGUGCUGUUCUGGAGACGUCGUCCAUCCCUCCCGUCAGUGACGGGGCUCGUCCAACCUUCCAUCGUGAAGUCAGGAGUCUGCUAGUGCAGAAAAACCUGUGCGUUUCCAUGGCAACUGGCUCAGCAGCCUCUCCUUCAGGUCCAACCAGACUCCGAUGCACAAGACUUUGUAAACAUCAGGUUUUUCUGAUGUUAAUUUAAAGCAUUUUAAAGGACAAUAUUUAGAUAUAAAUAUAUAUAUAUAUGAGACGGUUUUAUCUUGUGUUUAAUCGGCGGUGAGGGACGAUUGAGACGUUUUAUUGAUUAAUCAUCCAGGUUUCUGUUGCACAGCUCGUGCCAAGAACAGGUAAAUAGAUCCGAGUCCGUCGGAGAACCUGAUCAUCUCCGUGUCCUCGCCACUCCUUCAGGGCUCCUCUUCAUCACUCUCUGAUGCCUUUCGCUGACGGUGAAUGUAUUUUUAACGUUUAACUUUUUGUGCCGGCAAACAUUAACUAUGAUAUUGAUUGUAAUAUUUACAGAUGAUUACAUGUAAGUUGUCGUAUUACACAGAAUAAUAUAAAUAAAUGUUGGGGUGUUUUCUUUGA